AUGCCCGUUGCAGAGGUCAAUGUGUCUAAGUUAAAGGCCCUUUUUCACAAAGAUGGUAACGUUACUGUAACGACGGCUUUAGGAAAUACUUUACUUGAAAUUCAAGGCGAGCUGGAAUUUCCACGAGCUCCUCCUUAUAACGACGCUGAAAAUAAGUUUAGCAUAUAUAACAACGACGAUAUAGUGAGAUUCGGUCUGCUGCAGGUAGAUCCAGAUCUGAAAAAGGCAACAAUGUUUGUGGGUGAAAAACAACGGCUUUUGGGCUCGGUUGUGAAAUUGGAUUCACCACUGGGCCUACUCAAAUUCGACCAUCUCACAGGUAGCAUUGAUUUGCAAGACGUAAUACGUUACAAGAUUAUCUUCAAAGAUAGACCACUCCCGAUUAUGUGA